GAUUUCUUGCCUAUUUACCACGAUUUACGCCUUAAUUUUGACUGUUAAGUAUUUUUUUACGUGAUAUAAAUAUUUGUAUUUUUAUCCAGAUCAUUAUGAUCAAAUUCAUCCUUACUUACCCCUAAUAAAUAUUGUUAUUUAAGCUAUGUUUUGUACUAGGCCUCGUGUGAUGAAAUCACUGCUUUCACGGAGGGCUAGGCUUUGUUCUGUGAAUGAGUGACUGGGGCAUGUUGGGAUGAAGUGUCCCAACAUGCCCCGCAUACACUUUAUGUCUUAUCUGAACUGUAUUCUUCCAUAAAUAGUGUUGUGAAGUAUAAAUAUUAUCAAUUUACAUGAAUGAUUUUAUUAAUAAGUGACAGUUAAAGGCUUCCCUAGGCAUAGGCUAGUCCAACCUCCACUCAGCCUAGACCUGUAAUUAUUAAUUUAAAAUAUUUAUUAUUAAAAUUAUAAGUGAAUACAGUUAUUUUAUACAUACUUUGUUGACAGAAAUAUGUUCAUUUUAGUUAGGAUUAGUGUUUAGGCAUAAUGAAAACAUUAAUAUUUAUUUAUUUACUUGUUUAUUUAUUAAUUUAAACUGCAUUUUGCAGAUGAGAACUUAUAUUCGGAAAACUAAUCAUGGGGAAGAUGCAGACCUCAUCAAACAUGCUGUUUACAUUGUAUUGACUGAACAAAGGAGUGUUCGUGAUGUUGCAGCUGAUCUUGGUGUUUCUAAAUCCACCUUAGCCAGACAUGUAAAAAAAUUAAAAUCUGAUAAGCAAAUGGACAGAAUUGAAGAUGUCUCUGCCAUGGUUGAAAAGCAUCAUGUUGGUUACACAAAGAUGCGUCAAGCUUUUUGGUCGUUUCAGUCAAGGCCAGUUGUUAAGCUGCUUGAGCUGUGUGGAACGUUAACUAUGUUCUUCUAA